CACUGUUCGAAAAGAUUGUUCUCGUAUCUUGUUCUUGCUUGGCUCUUACGCAGACUAAACUGCAAGCAUAGCCAUGUCUCGUAUACACACAUGCAUAGCUUUCGUGGCUUGGGUUUUGCUGGUAUGUGACGCUUUCACGGUAGGGCCGCAUCAUCCCAAGAUAACUGCGCAACGAUUCAUUGGCCUGGCAACGCGGGUCUUUGGUAGUGCGUCCGACGAAAUUCUUGCCCGGGCUCGGAAAGCCGCCGGUGUGCCUGAUUCCGUCGAUGACGAGUAUCCCAAAAAUUUUGAGGACAAGUUGUUGGCUGACAUGCAAUCCGCCUUGCUGAAGUUGGAACGCCGAGUGCAGGAAGGCCCUGGCGCCUUGAGUUUGCUCGAAGUGGAAGAGUUGGACGGUGAACUGAGUCGGGUCAUUGCCGAAAUGCGCGCGAAUGGCGACCAGAGACCAAUCAAACCGAAAAGUGCCGAUCCCAGUGGCGAUCUGAAAUCCGCGGCGCCGUCCGCGACCGCGACCUCGGUGGGAUCCUCGAACUCAUUGUUGGAUGAAGAAGGCGAGGCCUAUGACGGAAAGGGUGGAAUGGGGCAACCAAAAGGCACGGUUAACACAUAUAUUAUUGAGGGGAUGGAGGAAAUGAGCUCGGAAGAGUACCGCUUGGCUUUAGAAAGGAGUCUGAUUGAUCGGCAGGCGGCCCGCCGCCAAGCCGGUGUUGUUGGUAAUAAGUCUACUUGGGAUUAUAUGAGCCAACUAAAUCCCAACGACAAGGGCAUUCUCCGUCGGGAUGACGAAGAUGACGACGACGAUGAGGAAGACGAGCGUCCUAAGAAAAAAAAGAAGAGAAACUUCAAGCCUUUUUGA